CAACGCUGGGGACAUUUUUUCAUCACACAUUCUGAUUUUUCUCAUAUUUAUUCACCUUCCAUAGGUUUUGCAGAAACAUGAAAUUCUCAUACGAAAAUUUCUUCAGAACUCCUUUCAAACGACGUAGAAAGUGCAGUUGGAUUUCUUCAAAAGAAUACGUGAUUCCUAAUGGUGUUGAGUGGAAGGAUUUAUCGGUUUUGGUGAGGAUGAAUUUUGGAACGCCAACCACCGCAGCCUCUUCGGCCUUCUCGGGUUUUUCAUUUGGCGGUAAACCUACCAGCAGUGUAGCAGGAGCGCCAUUCUCCUCAGGCCUGACUUUUGGGACUGCAGCUCCCGCGCAGACGAGUUCCGCAGACGUUGGAAGCCAGCAAGUGAAUCCACUGACCCUUGGAAAUGCAUUAUCGUCCAGUGCUACGACAUCAUCUGCCGAUGCAGGCGGAUUCAAGGGUCUUGGAGGCACACCCCAGUCUGGACAAGGCGAUGCUGGGAAGGAUAGCCAAACUGGGGUGCAGGCGAAAGAUGCCCAACUUCCACCAGAAAUACGCAUGACAGUGGAAGAGUUAAAGGCCCAUAUAGCGGCUCAGAGGCAACAUCGUGAUGAAAUCAUGAAGAUCUCAGAGAUGCACAUUCACAAAACCUCUGAUAGACUGGCAGCGUGUCAUUCGAAGAUUAUCGCCCUCUCUAGUGCUAUGUCUGUUUUAGCCGCAGAAGUUAAGCGAAUUAAGGAAGAAGUUCGGGAUGAGCUUCGGAACGUCGAUAUAUCACAGCGCACGAGAGAGAUUCCCUCAGGAUUGCAGUACGAAAAUGAAGCCCCCUUGGAGUAUUUUCUUCGAAAGUUGCAGCAGUUCGAUGCUCGUUUCGCCGAAUGCAAAGAACAGACGACUGAUCUGGAAAAGUAUCUUGCUAAUGGAAUGGAUACGAGUUUGUCGGAGAGAGAUUAUCAGAAUUUUCUAAACCGCCUACAUGCGACCUUGUUGAAGCUUGCCGGAGAAGCCAACAUACUGCACCAGCGAGUGAUCAAGUUCAAAUCCGAGUGGGAUGCUGAAGUCGGAUUUGGGCAGCCAGGAAAUCCAUUCGUGGUCAACCCGUCGUAUUCUGUGUCGCAUUCGUCCAUCUAUAACGCUAUUCCCACUGGGCCCAUGGUGUUGGGUCCUAGAGUGAUGGUUAACUCUACGCCAUUGUUGCUGUCAUUAUCGGAUUGGAAGAACAAGCUCCAUGGACCACCCCCGGUGAAUAGUUUGGUUCCUGGGUCAGUGAACUUCUUGGCGCAGCAGCCGGGUGGAUUACAGCAGGCUUCAUCGAACGCAUGGACUUCUUCGUCGGGAUUGUUCGGCGCAUCUGUCGAGAACAAGCCGAAUUUUCAACUACAAUUGCCACCCGCCGGAACAAAACGCGGAAAACGUUGA